ACCAUACAUUUGUACUCAAAAAGCAUCUUCUUUUCCUCUACCACUCAAGAAUGGACAAGCUAACUAUACAAAGAAUCACCCCAACUUUCCUAUUUCUCUUCAUCUUCAUCGUCAAAACCCUCGCCACCGCUACCAAAUCUGACUACGAAUUCGAUCAUAAGGGCCAAAUUUUCUCGAGAAACUUGUCUCGUAAAAAGCUCGGCCUCCAUAAAGCAGAGAAGGUGAGCCACCUCCACUUCUACUUCCACGACGUCGUUGUGGGCCGAAAUCCGACCACCCUAGUCGUGGCCGAAGGAAAAGCAAUGAAAAAUUCAUCGACGGGGUUCGGUUUCGUGGUGAUGAUGGAUGACCCAUUGACAGUUGGGCCAGAGCUAAGGUCGAAGCAAGUUGGAAGAGCCCAAGGUAUGUAUGGGUCGGCUUCACAAUCUGAGUGGGGUCUUUUGAUGGUUUUGAACUAUGUUUUUACUGAGGGGAAGUAUAAUGGGAGCACUCUGAGUAUUUUGGGACGAAACGCUGUUUUUUCGGAGGUGAGAGAGAUGCCUAUCGUUGGAGGAAGUGGGCUUUUUAGGUUCGCUAGAGGCUAUGCUCAAGCCAAGACUCAUAAGUUUGAUCUCAAAACUGGGAAUGCUGUUGUUGAGUACAAUGUUUAUGUUCUCCAUUAUUGAUCCUAAUUCCUAUAUGUCUCUAAACUAGUUCAAGUUAGCUUCUUUUUUUCUUAACUAUAUUAAUAUUAUCUUUUUGUACCAUUGAUUAUUAUAAUAUCAUCUUAAUUUUUCUUCUUCUGUUGUGACGAUCAAUUAUUCUCUUGGGAAUUAUAUUAAAGCUUAUAUAAUACUUAACCUGUUUUCCACAUUGACUCCAACUGUGUUUGAAAUGACCAUAUUGUGUGUGGCUUAAUUUGUGAAACAACAAAGCUAUUAUUUUGUAAAAUAUAUUCGCUUAGGAUGAUAA